AUGAAUGGUCAAGUUAAAAAACCACAACAACAAUUAUAUCCUCAUAUGAGAAAAUUAUAUAAUCAUGAUACAGAUUUACUUGAAUAUGUAUAUAUUAUUAUGUCAACAGUUAAACCGAAUGAUUCAAUCAAUAAACAACUACAGCAAGAUGAAAUCUUAGGACAGCAACAACAACAUCGUCGUCAACAAACACGUAUUUCAAAACAACGUGCAAAAGUUUUAAUUACAGAAUAUUGUCGAAAUAAAUAG